GGAGAAAACACCAUCUCCCUGCCUGACUUCAUAUCACAGUAGGUUUUUCUGAGAGCUCCAGGAAAGCAUUUCUAAGUAGUAGUUAACCUCUUUAACUGCACUGAAAAGGAGAGAAGAAAAGAGGAGGUGAUAGAAAAAGAAAAUCAGGAAGACAAAGAAAGAAGAAUAUUGUUCAUUUUGUUGAGCUGAGGAGUCAACAUACGAAUAGUCGCAACAACAGCACAGGUUUGCCUCUGGAGACAUGGAUAUAGUCAUGGAUGAAGAUUUCACCAUAAACACAAACACCAGCCAUGAAGCGGGACAAGAAAACCUUGAUGGCAGCAAAAGUCAUGGACUCAACCACAGCGAUCCUCUGGACAUGUUCACAGGCAUGGAGCUUCUGCUGCAGUUCAAAUCUCUCUUCCUGCCUCUCUACUACCUUGUGGUGGUGGUAGCUGGUGUUGGCAAUUCCGUCUUGUUGGCUUGUAUCUUGGCUGACAAGAAACUUCACAACGCCACCAACUUCUUCAUUGGUAACUUAGCUGCUGGGGACCUACUAAUGUGUCUGAGUUGCGUACCACUGACGGCGUCCUAUGCCUUCGACAGUCACGGGUGGGCUUUUGGGAGACCCCUCUGCCACCUGGUGCCCUUGCUGCAAUGUGCAACAGUGUUUGCAUCAGUGCUUUCACUCACUGCCAUUGCUGUGGAUCGCUAUGUUGUUGUAGCUCACCCAGUCCGGAAGAGGAUCUCUCUGUGGGGCUGUGGUGCAGUGACGCUGGGUAUCUGGUUGUUGUCUCUUACCCUGGCUGCACCUCCAUCCUUCUACACACGCUACGUGGAUUUACGGCCCAGCAAAAUUGACCUUGUGGUGUGUGAGGAAUUCUGGCCUAACAGUAGCAACCUGCGACUUCUCUACUCCUGCUUUAUUCUCAUUGCCUCCUACAUGAUCCCGCUGUUGUCCGUCAGUGUGUCUUACUGUGCCAUUACUGUCAGCUUAAAGCAUUACACAGUACCUGGAGAACCAUACAGCAGCCAGCAGAGAUGGAGCAAAAGGAGAAAGAAGACCUUCUCUCUGCUAGUGGCCUCAGUCCUGGCUUUUGCCCUGUGCUGGCUUCCUCUGCAGGUGCUGAACCUGUUGCUGGACCUGGACCCAGAGUUCCAUAUCAUAGACAAGCGCUACAUAAAUGUUCUACAGGUGUGUUGUCAUUUAAUAGCCAUGAGCUCUGCAUGUUAUAAUCCUUUCAUCUAUGCCUCACUGCACAGCAAAGUACGUAUGCAUCUAAAACGUUACCUGUGCUCAUGUCACGGUCGUCAGGAGCAAACAACAGGGGUGACAUCCAGAACCUGAUCUUUUUACUGUAUUUCUUGUAACACAACUGUUUUACCAGGAACUGACAUUACCUUCAAGAUGACACAUGCACCUCAUUGAUUUUAAUGUCUGAAGUGUCCAAGAGAAAAAAAAGAGAUCUCAAUUUCUCUGUUCAGUUUAUGACUUGAACAUUUUGCCCUUUAUUGGUUCAGAAGACGCAUUACCACAUAAGGCCACAUAUGACCAGUACACAAGAAAGUAGACCAUACUGUAGUUUAGAACGAUGAUGAAUAAGAUUUCUUGAUCUUUUGGAACAACUGUUUUCUUUAUGGGCUGCCAAGCUCCUGGCACAGACACUUAGCAGAUCCUGCACCUUUCGAAAGGUCAGCAGUGACAUAAACACAGCUUUAGGCUGACUGAUGCUGGAGGCUGAAGACAGGGGCUGUUACAUGGGUUACUGGGGCAUGAUAUCCAAAAACAGCAAAUGCCUUACUUUAGGGAGUUGACCGUACAAUGAACUUUUCUCACUACAGAAAAGGAGGCGGGUAAAAAAAAAAAAAAUGCAAUGUGAUUAUUUCAUGUUGUCCCUGAUAGUGAAUGUCAGUGAUGCAAAAUCUUAGUAUCGGUAUGUCUUACAUAAAUAUCCCUAAUGUAUUUUAUAUUUAUUUUUGAUGUAAUACACAUUGGCUGCUUUUUUGUGUCAUUAUGUAAUAUUUAUUUUGUGAAAUUGUCUGCAUCUGUGGUAAAACCUUGAUUAUGUACAGCACAGGGGAAAAAAAAUUUUGCAAUUUAUGUGUUCCUUGCACAUCACUGUUUAAAAUGUAAAAUGCAAUCAAUAUGGAAACAAGAGAGGUGUUACCAGAUAAGUCCUAAUGCUGUGGCUUUGUCUGGAAAAAAAAUAAUGACACAUUGAUCUAUGCUAAUUAAUAUUCAGUUCAUGAACAAUGAAGAUGCCUCUAAGUGUCAUUUGUGAUGGCGGCACUUCUGUUGAGUUUUCAUCAUGUAUGAUUAAUGCUUUCUGCUUUUGUCAGUGCUUUGAUAUUAAGUGAAUAUUUUAUCAUAUGUAAAAAGCCUCACCAUAGAACUGACUAAUGUGAUCUAAAUUAUAUUUAUUCAGUUCUGUUCCUUUUUCAGAACUAUUGCUAUGAUUAAAUGGUUAUAUUCAGAAAUGAAAGCUUCACAUAAAUCUUACAAUGCACAUAAUUAAAAUAUUCUCGUGACGGGUCAACAGGUCCAUCUAAUCCUUGAUAAACUUUCAAAAUGCCAGUUGUUCAGUCAUCUGACUAACAGGAACAAAAAUAUCCAGUGCAGCUUUGGUGUCAGCUAAUAACCCUUAUGCCUCCCCUAAUGCUUCUGAUGCUGACAUCCCUGUUGCUCAGACUCUAGUUUACUUUGGCUGUUUUCUCUAAGUGAACCUUGAGACUAUAUUCACUUCCCUUUCACAUUUGAUUUUUGUUCUUAUGUAGUGGUCUGCUAGAUAUAGUGUUUCAGGGGGAAGUUGAUUGCUUAAAGGUGAUUUUUUUCUUACAGAUAUCUUCAGUUUGACAAAUUCCAUAUACUGAAAAAUGGCUAAAUUAAAACCAUGAAUGUAGGAUGACCUUUUCCAACACAGCAUAUUUUUACACCAUUCAUCUAUCACUAAAUAAUUUUAUCCUCCGUAUUAAAAACAUACAUAUGACUGCAGGACACUUGUCUAGGCUGCAUACAAUAGGGAUGCAACAUCAAUAAAACAUUUUUAUUGUCACAGGUAUUUCAUCUGCUACUUGGUUUACUUUUACACAUGAAUUA